UUUUCUUGAUGUUUUACCCACAGGAUCAUGACCUGCAACAGAAAAUUGACCAUGAGAUCAAGAUGCGGGAAGGUACAGCACGUCUGCUUGUGGCCAGCAAACACCCAGCCCAAGUCCUGGAGGCCGCCAAGAAUCUCCUGUCAACCAACACCCGUAUCAUUGCUUAUAUGUCUGAGCUCCAGCGACGAAAAACUGCAGAAGUGCUUGGGAAUCAGGCACCCUUGGAGGGAAAUCAGCUCCCGUGCAAGGCAAAAGUCAGUGUUUCAGAUAUACGCAUUCCAUUGAUGUGGAAAGAUGUAGACCACUUUAAAAAUAAAGGAGAUAAUCGCCGAUAUGCUGUGUUCUGUAUGCUGAAAAUUGGUACAGAUAUUUACGAUACAACAAUGAUUAGCGACGUAGACAGAAGCAUGACUGACAUCACCUUCGAAGAUGUUAUUCUAUUUGAUGAUGUCACACAUGAAUUUGAGAUGAAGCUGGAAGUGUACUGUCACAAACAGCAUGAAGAUUUAUCUGUAGCUCACACUCCCAAGAAGAUUCGUAAGAAAAUUCAUGAUAUUUCAGGAUCUGUUGGUCGGAAUGUGGGCAAGAGAUUAUCCAGUUUGAAUGAUGCAGACGUGGUCGGAAACAUGGGACCAAAGUUUGAUCUCGUUGCCAAAGGAUCAUUGUGUCUUGCUGAUGUCAAUAACAGUGUCAGAACUUUUGACCUUCAGUUGGAGAAUAACACAGAUGGUCAGGUUCAUGAACUUCCUCUUUUUGGUCAUUAUUGUUGCCGCUUAGCUGCACUUCCACAUUGUCUCACCCAGCCUGCAAUGACUGGUUUUCUUAAUUUGCAGGAAGAUGAUGAUCUGUCCAAGUGGAAGCGUUACUGGUGUUGUCUAAAAAACCUUCAGCUGGCCUGCUGGUCAAGUCCUGACGACACUGAAAUUGCCCAGCCUCUGCUAAUGAUACCAGUAACAAAAAACACACAGAUUUGUGAUGCUGACCCAAGCACCAGCAAACGACCACAUUCAUUUUUAAUCAGAACGGUGAAUAUACAUGGCAUCUUUGACCACACUUUAGCAGCUGACACCAAACAAGAGUUGAAUCAAUGGUGGGAUGGGUUCCAGCAGCAUCUUCUUGACCAAGCUUUGUGGAAACAUGCCUGUGACGAGCAGAUGGACUUGAAAAUUCCUAAAAAACAGAAAGGAUCUUCAUUUGUGAGAAAAAGCUCCAUAUACGAAGAAACUCCACUUAUAGAACCAGACAGCAAUAGUGAUAGCAUUGUGCGUGAUCUGGGCAAUGACCAGUUGACACAGAUGCUGCAUACACUUAUGGGAGAAGCUAGUCAGAUCAGGGGAGGAACUUCAUCGCAGCCAUAG